AUGACGAUCAUGGCAACCAAAUUCACGCCCGAGGUUCUCCUCUCGGCACCCCGGAGGAGCCCUGCUAUCCCCAACUCUAGCGGGAAGCUCGCUCUUUACACAGUUUCUCAAUACUCUUUCGAGACUCAUUCGAAGAAAUACAGCAUCAAGGUGCUGGACAUCUCAUCUGGACAGUCCACAGAGCUCUUCACCAACCCUGCCUACAGUGAACCUACAUGGGUUUCCGAAGAUGAGUUCGUUUUCGUGAACGAAGCGAGCAAUGACGAUGCAGUCUCACAACUCAUGCUAGCGAAUGUGUCGGAGCCUAAGCCGAGUGCGUAUCUCAUACAGAGCUUCAGGUGCUCCGUCUCGAACCUGAAAGCCAAGGACAUCGGCAAUGGCACUGUUGCCCUGGCUUUGACAGCGCCUUCUUCUGCCUCGGGAGGUAUGCAUGAUGCUCUAAACGAGAAGAAACCACACUCCUCGGCACGCGUGUAUUCGAGCCUUUUUGUUCGGCAUUGGGACACGUACGUCUCUAAGCACACAAGCGCCGUGUUCUACGGUGCUCUGCGGAAAGACGAAAAGUCUGCUAAGUACCAGCUUCUCGGAUCAGGCCUUGUCAACGCGUUGGCCGGAACAAAGCUCGAAUGCCCUGUUCCAAGCUUCGGAGGGGCAGCAGACUUCGAUAUCAGCAAUAAGGGCCUCGUUUUCCUUUCCAAGGACCCUGAGAUUAACCCUGCCAUGUGGACCAAGACCGACGUUUAUUAUGUACCUCUGAAAAGUUUCACGGAAGAGAAGCCUCCAACCCCUCAAAUUGUCAAGACCGGAGGGCUGCAGGGCUACAGCGGAUCGCCCACAUUCUCUCAUGAUGGGAACAAACUCGCCUUCACACGCAUGCGACACAAGCAAUACGAGUCUGACAAAACCCGGCUGAUGCUAAUACCAGAUAUUGAGGAUCUGAGCAAUGUGCAAGAGUUUUACAAAACUGAUGAUGGUGAAGGCCGUUGGGAUCUGCGACCCGAGGCAAUUGUAUGGAGCAACGACGAUACGGAGCUGUAUGUGACAGCGGAAAAAGAGGGACGGCAAUUGGUGUUUAAACUUCCUUCUUCGCCCUUGGAAGCAAAAGAGUUGCCACAGCCCUUAACUAAAGAUGGCGCAGUUGGGAGCAUUUCGAACCUAGCCACUGAUGACGGUAGAUUAUUCUUGACUACCACGUCGUUGGUUGACAAUUCCUCCUAUUCGAUCCUCGACCCUACCUCGAAAGAGACAAUCCUUGUAUCGUCAGUCUCUAAAGAAGGCAAGACGCUUGGUUUGUCAAGGAGCCAAUUCGAUGAAUUCUGGUUUCAAGGUGCUGGCGACUACAAGGGCCAUGCUCUUAUAAUGAAACCAACGAAUUUCGACCCAGCUAAGAAAUACCCAUUAGCUUUCUUGAUUCACGGCGGUCCUCAAGGUGCCUGGGGGGAUUCGUGGAGCACUCGUUGGAAUCCAGCCAUAUUCGCUGAACAGGGCUAUGUUGCCGUUAUGCCGAACCCGACGGGUAGCACAGGGUACGGCCAACAAUAUGUUGACGAUAUUGCAUUGGAUUGGGGUGGACGUCCAUACAAUGAUCUUGUGAACUGUUUUGAGCAUAUCGCGGACAACCUCCCAUACGUCGAUACCAACAAUGCUGUGGCUUUAGGCGCGUCGUAUGGUGGCUAUAUGAUCAACUGGAUCCAAGGCCACCCAUUAGGGCGCAAAUUCAAGGCACUUGUUUGUCAUGAUGGUAUCUUCAAUACUUUAGCAGACUGGUCGACGGAAGAACUAUUCUUCGUCCUUCAUGAUAUGGGCGGAACGCCCUGGGAGAACCGCGAGCUCUACGAGAAGUGGGAUCCCGCUGCCUUUGUAGGUGAGUGGGCGACACCACAGCUUGUCAUUCAUAGCGAGCUCGACUACCGCCUGCCCAUUUCCGAGGGUCUUGCCGCGUUCAAUGCCUUGCAGACUCGUGGAGUACCUUCAAAGUUCGUCAUGUUCCCGGACGAAAACCACUGGGUCUUGAAGCCUGAAAACUCCCUCGUGUGGCAUAAAGAAGUUCUUGGCUGGAUAAAUAAGUACACUGGCCUGGACACCAAGGGGCUUUCGUCCGGCGUAGAAGACUUGAGUCUGCGAUAA